CUUGUAGGGCAGCCCCUCAACCCGCAGUGCCGCACGUACCCAGCAGAGAUGAUCCAGACAGGGGUGGCUCCCAUUGAUGUCAUGAACAGCAUCGCACGCGGUCAGAAGAUCCCCAUCUUCUCUGCUGCUGGGCUGCCGCACAACGAGCUGGCGGCGCAGAUCUGCCGUCAGGCCGGGCUGGUGAAGAAAUCCAAGGACGUGGUGGAUUUCCAUGAGGACAACUUCGCCAUUGUCUUCGCUGCCAUGGGGGUGAACAUGGAGACGGCGCGGUUCUUCAAGACGGACUUUGAGGAGAACGGCGCCAUGGGGAACGUCUGCCUCUUCCUCAACCUGGCCAACGACCCCACCAUUGAACGCAUUGUGACUCCCCGCCUGGCGCUGACGGCCGCCGAGUUCCUGGCCUAUCAGUGUGACAAACACGUCCUGGUGCUGCUCACCGACAUGAGCGCCUACGCCGAGGCGCUGCGCGAGGUAUCAGCAGCCCGUGAGGAGGUCCCUGGGCGCCGUGGCUUCCCGGGCUACAUGUACACAGACCUGGCCACCAUCUAUGAGCGAGCAGGGAGGGUGGAGGGCAGGGGGGGCUCCAUCACCCAGAUCCCCAUCCUCACCAUGCCCAACGACGACAUCACGCACCCCAUCCCGGAUCUCACUGGAUUCAUCACAGAGGGGCAGAUCUACGUGGAUCGCCAGCUGCACAACCGCCAGAUCUACCCCCCCAUCAACGUGCUGCCAUCGCUGUCCCGCCUGAUGAAAUCCGCCAUCGGGGAGGGAAUGACGAGGCGGGAUCAUGGCGACCUGAGCAACCAGCUGUACGCGUGCUACGCCAUCGGGCGGGACGUGCAGGCCAUGAAGGCGGUGGUGGGCGAGGAGGCGCUGGCGGCCGACGACCUGCUGUACCUGGAGUUCCUGCACAAGUUCGAGCGGCACUUCAUCGCGCAGGGUGCGGGGGGGGGCGGCAUGGAAGGGGGGAGGCGCGACCCGAGCCCCGGCCGCAGGGAGGCGGCAGCUCGGCCCUGAGGCGGCGGCGUGCGGCCUGAAGGCCCCGCGGCCUCACGGGGGUCGCGGAGCGCGGCCCGGCAGGCAGGGAGGCGCCGCCCCGCUCUGGGCUCCGCGGGGCCGAACGGCAC